GCAUGAUGUGGUGUUAGGAUCUCGGUACUCUUCCCUGCGUGUGUUACGUCGUCGGUCGACAAACUGGGACGGAAGGCUUCCACAACAUGGCAAGCGAGCACUUUUCAAUUCUUCCGAAUUUCCUCAACUUUGAAGGUUUGUUUGUAUUGAACCGUGCUAUGAUGGCAUAAUUUUCCCUCUCCCUAUCAGACCAAUCUACGAAGUACUCAACCACGGCUUUCUCACAUCGCUGGCAAGCGCCACGCUGAUCCCUUUGUCUCCCCUAUCGCAUGUCAUGAUCCGACGAAUACAAGUCCAGAUGUACAGUAUCAUGGAGAGCGUCCGCAACUGUCCUUCGCAACCCUUGCAGUCCGCGACUUGAAACAUCGUCCCAAACCAAGCGACGACGCCCGUAGUGCCAGGCAGCCAUGGAAUUGAUACCCUAUUCAUCGAGGGAGGGUCAAAUAGUUCUUCGCCACCGCGAUGCCCUUGUCGUUCGUGAUCACGCCUCGCAGCGCCUUGAGGUUCGAGGUGCGCCUGUCGCCGAAUGUCCCACCUGCAAACGACCUCUACGCUCCUCGUCCCCCGAGCGCCAUUUCGAUGCGCCUCCUCAGCAUCGCGAGUCUUGGGUGGAUCCCCAAUACUUCCGCAUGCUACAGGCCGGCCAUCAUGGACAAGAGGAUCCCCAAGACGCCCAGCCUUCUUUCAGCCCCGUACGCCGCUUAACUCAACCUGCCCUGCCUAGCGGCGAUGUGAACGUUGGCGUCCAAGACGAUGCCGAAUUUGUUUCGAGCGCGUCGGCGCCCCAAGAAGGUGCACGCAUCCGCCGAGAAGCGUUUAGUCCCAACUACUUCACGACCUUUUUUGUCGAGGAACGUGAGCUCGGUCGCGGUGGGAAGGGGGUUGUGUUGCUUGUCCGCCAUGAGAUAGACGGAUGUCCCCUUGGACAUUUUGCCUGCAAGAGAGUACCCGUCGGCGAUGACCAUGCUUGGUUAGAAAAGGUGCUCGUUGAGGUUAAACUUCUCGCUGCCCUCUCACAUCCCAACCUCGUGUCUUAUCGCCAUGUAUGGCUGGAAGAUGUCCAUAUUCACCGCUUCGGCCCAAGCGUUGCGUGUGCUUUCAUACUCCAACAAUACUGCAAUGGCGGUGAUCUCCUACGCUACGUAGUUGGCGAUCAACCCAAGCAGACUACCAAGGAGCAAUUAAAGGCUCAAAUACGGCGCCGUUCCAAAGGCCAAGGAGAACGGCCAUCUGAAGUGACACCGUCGCAACGUCGAUUGUCCCUCGAAGAAAUCUACUCACUCUUCAAAGACAUCACCUCGGGACUUGCUUAUCUUCACAGCGCCAACUACAUUCACCGUGAUUUGAAGCCAAGUAACUGUCUCCUGCACCACGAAAAUGGCAAACUCAUAUGCCUGAUCAGCGAUUUUGGUGAGGUACAACCGAGGAAUGCCGUACGCAGCUCAACGGGCACCACUGGCACUAUAUCUUACUGUGCUCCUGAAGUUCUGAAAGUAGAUGUCCGCGGUCAGUUUGGAAACUUUACCGUGAAGUCAGAUGUCUUUUCCCUGGGCAUGAUUCUGUAUUUCCUCUGUUUUGGCCGACUUCCCUAUAGGAACGCCAACGUCGUCCAGGAAGAACUAGAAGAUAUCGAUGAACUCCGUGCUGAAAUUGCGGAUUGGAAAGGUUUUCUAGAUGAGCGGCGAGAGCGGCCAGAUCUGCCUCCAAAAUUAUACCAAUUGCUUAAGAAGAUGUUGGCAUUGGACCCUGGUGAGCGACCGACUGCGACAGAAGUACUGGAUAUGCUAAAUCACGAAUCAAGUCAAGGCGGCCUACGCGGGCCACGGCCUACAAGCCCUCCGGCUGGCAUACCAGGUCGCAGGAUUCAGAACCUAGAUUCCCCCAUGCCUCCCAGCACACCCCAAGCCGACCCCAUGAAACAGCAGUCGUAUGGUAACGGGGACUCCGCACAUGAUUUUAUACCGUCCCGCAAUCUGAUAUCUCCUAUUGACCAUUCUCCGCAGCCUACAUCAGCCAAUAGCGUGCUCAAAUACCGAGUGCCCAAUAGCCCCCGGCGCCAGUCCAACGUCAUGAUGUUGUCUCGAAGUCAGGAAAGGCAUCAGUCCUCAGAUCCCAUGUAUACCUCAGGAUCUCCCAGUCCACAACCCUCGCCAACCGUCCAAACUCCGCUCCUAAUGCCAGCCCCAGUCGGCCCACUAGGUAGCUUGAGCUACUAUGCUCUCCUUUGUCAACACCAUAUGACCGCAUUCUCCCAGGCAAAUGCUACAGUAAUCCUGCUUUGUUUCAGACUUUCUUUAUUCUCGAUCAAAUUCGCAUCACUCACAAGGGUAUGUUGGCCUUAUAUGACCAACUUAGGCAUUGGGAUCCCGCUCGUUGGUGCUGCAGGCUUAGACUUGGCCAUAUCCUCAGAAGUAGGCAACGGUCAGCUGAAUAGUGGGCGAGCGAGAUAUGGUAAUCACACCCCAUUCGCGUGGCAUUGGGGCUGGAGAGGCAGCUUAUUGUUACUUGCGCUACAUUUCUCUGCGUUGUGGAUAGCUUCUCGAUGGGGCGAACUUUGUGCUCCUGGUCGAGGAGGCUGGGCCGACUGGUGAAUCAUUAGUACCCAAGUAACCUGCUACUAUCAAGCAUCCUGUAACAUUAUCUAUAGUUUCCCUCACCCGUCGGCUACAGUUGAAUAUGGUAGAGUGUAAAUAUCCAGAGGAAUGCACUUCAUAUUACCAAUCACAAUGAUCUGGUACCCCCGGUCAACACAAUGCUCAUACCCGUGUCAGUUUUCAAAAUGUAAUUGAUUCUUAUUGAUUAUCCGAGUCAGGUGUGCUA